AGGUCUCUGUCUCUCUCUGUCAUUGCUUUCCCUGUGUUUCACUUUCUCUUUCCCCGUCUGUUCGCCCCUCUAUUCUCCCCCUUUCUGCCCCUGUGUCUCUCCUGGUCUAUAUUCUUCUUUGUCUCUCUUGUCAUCUGGAGGAAGGAGGAUACAGUGUGCUUAAAGUGACAAGCACAGCUCUCUGUCUUCCGCUUCCGCCGUGACUUGCAUUGUUUCUUCCAUUUCUUCUCUACUGCGGACAGCGGUCGGCUGAGCCCUCGCAGGUAGAAGCGUUGCCUCUGCCACCUGUCUCGGCCGCUCCGCGCGUUUUGCAGCAUCAUCAGGGACCGCCACGAGUCAGGCGCCGUCGCUGCCCGCCAACGGGGCCAGGGCAGCAGCACCUGAUCCUGCCCCCCCGCAAAGCCUCCCAGGCGGCUGCGGUGCGUCCAUGAGAACCCUGGAUGCGGGGUACUCGUCCGCGGUUCCGAAAGCUGCGCACCCUCCAAUCGUGCUUCUCGGCAGUGGCAGUAGGUGGAAGACGUCGAGGCAGCGCUGGAGUGAGUGGGGGCGGCAUGGCGUCCUGGCGGCGAAGAUGGCCGGGGCCCGACUUGCCCUGGCUGUGGGGCUUGUGCUGCCUGGUUCUGGGGUCCUGGUGGAGCGCGCUGGGCUGCCCCGUGUCCUGCCGCUGCAGCUCCUUUCGGAUGUGGUGCACGGAGCCGGCGCCAGGUAUUAUCUCCUUCCCUGUCCCGCAGCGGAACGCCGAGGGCUUAAAUGUCACCGAAAUGGUACAGUCCUCCAGGAAUGGACUACUCCAGCAUAGGUGCUCUCCAGGGUCACAGGUCCUGCCAGAAGACCUGCUCCUGCAGGGUCACACUUUCCUUCAGGAAACAUCCACCUGCUCCAGAGUGGGGCUCUCCAUGGGUUGCAGUUACAUUGCAAACCAGCAGAAAUUAGAACGUAUCAAUGACAAUGAAGCUGGAUUUUAUGUUGGACUUAAAAAUUUGACUGUGGUGGAUUCAGGCUUAAGGUUUGUGUCCCAUCAGGCAUUUGUGAAAAACGUCAAUCUACAAUAUAUCAAUUUAUCCAGAAACAAGCUCUCUAGUUUGUCCAAGAAGCCUUUUCGCCAUCUGGGUUUGUCUGAUCUGAUAUUGCUGGGCAAUCCAUUCAAGUGUUCCUGUGAAAUUAUGUGGAUCAAGAAAUUUCAAGAGACCAAGUUCUACAGAGAAACUCUGGAUUUAUAUUGCAUAGAUGACACCACCAAGAGGAUAUCCUUGCUGGAUAUGAAGGUUCCAAAUUGCGACUUGCCCUCAGCAAACUUAAGCAAUUACAACAUCACCGUGGUGGAAGGAAAGAGCAUCACAUUGUACUGUGACACUACUGGAAGGCCGGGCCCUAAUGUAUCCUGGGUACUCACUAAUCUUGUUUCAAACCAUGAGAGUGACACAAGUAAAAAUCCUGCCUCACUAACCAUAAAGAACGUUUCAUCUGUGGACAACGGACUGUGGAUUUCUUGCAUAGCAGAGAAUAUUGUGGGAGAGGACCAAGCCUCUGCUGAGCUCACAGUAUUCUUUGCACCAAAUAUCACAUUUAUUGAAUCUCCAACUCCAGACCACCACUGGUGUAUUCCAUUCACUGUGAAGGGGAAACCUAAGCCCACAUUGCAGUGGUUCUAUGAAGGAGCUAUACUGAAUGAGUCUGAAUACAUCUGCACUAAAAUACAUGUUAUCAAUCAAAGUGAAUACCAUGGCUGCCUUCAGCUGGACAACCCUACCCAUCUGAACAACGGUGCUUAUACCUUACUAGCAAAGAAUGAGUAUGGAGAGGAUGAAAAACAGGUUAAUGCUCAUUUCAUGUCAGUGCCUGGAGAUGGUAGUGGCCUAAUUGUGGAUCCGGAUGUUUAUGAGUAUGAAACCAUGCCUAAUGAUCUUGGAGACACCAUGAAUAAUAGUAAUCGAAUCACUUCUGCAGAUGUUUCCAACAAAGAGAAUGAAAAUAACAUCACUGUGUAUAUUAUGGUGGGAAGUGCAACACUGGUGUGCACAGGCUUAGUAAUAACACUUAUAAUUCUGAAGUUUGGAAAACAUUCUAAGUUUGGAAUGAAAGGUCCUUCUUCAGUUAUCAGCACUGCUGACGAUUUUGGAAGUCCCCUUCAUCACAUCUCAAAUGGCAGUAACACUCCAUCUUCUUCUGAGGGGGGUCCUGAUGCAGUCAUCAUUGGAAUGACAAAGAUUCCCAUAAUUGAAGAUCCCCAGUACUUUGGAAUUGCCAAAAGUCAGCUCAAGACAGACAACUUUGUUCAGCACAUCAAGCGCCACAACAUUGUUCUUAAAACAGAACUUGGAGAAGGAGCCUUUGGGAAAGUCUUUCUGGCUGAAUGCUAUAACCUCUGUCCCAAGCAGGACAAGAUCUUGGUGGCAGUGAAGACACUGAAGGAUGCCAGUGAAAAUGCCUGCAGGGACUUCCACCGUGAGGCAGAGCUGCUGAUUAACCUGAAACAUGAGCACAUCAUCAAGUUCUAUGGUGUCUGUGUCGAGGGUGAUCCACUCAUCAUGGUCUUUGAGUAUAUGAAGAAUGGAGAUCUUAACAAAUUCCUCAGGACACAUGGACCAGAUGCAGUACUGAUGGCAGAAGGCAACCAUCCUGCUGAGUUGACUCAAUCUCAGAUGAUUCACAUUGCCCAGCAAAUUGCAGCUGGUAUGGUUUACUUGGCAUCACAGCACUUCGUGCAUCGGGAUCUUGCUACCCGGAAUUGCCUGGUUGCUGAGAACCUGCUAGUGAAGAUUGGGGAUUUUGGGAUGUCUAGAUAUGUGUACAGCAGAGACUACUAUAGGGUUGGAGAUCACACGAUGCUGCCUAUUCGUUGGAUGCCUCCUGAAAGUAUCAUGUACAGGAAGUUCACCACAGAAAGUGAUGUCUGGAGCCUUGGGAUCAUAUUGUGGGAAAUCUUUACCUAUGGCAAACAGCCAUGGUAUCAGCUCUCAAACAAUGAGGUGAUUGAGUGCAUCACUCAGGGCCGAGUGCUGCAGCGACCUCGCACAUGCCCCAAGGAAAUAUAUGAGCUGAUGCUGGGCUGCUGGCAAAGGGACCCUCACAUGAGGCUCAACAUCAAAGAAAUCCAUUCCCUCCUCCAGAACUUGGCUAAAGCAUCUCCAGACUACCUGGAUAUUCUAGGCUAAAACAUCCAAGCAUUUCUUCUAAUGGUCUGCAUGAAUGAAUGUGCUCAACUGCCACUGAACUCCAUUAAAAUGUGUUCUUAACUUUACAGUAUUAAUGGCAAAGAUAUAGAGAAGCUUUCAAAGGGCAAACAAUGUGUGCUUCUGCAUUUAUAGACACAGUAUUGGCUUUUUAGAUAUUACUGAAACAUAUCUUCACUCUCAGUUUCUAUAUUUUUUUCUCUCUUAUCUAUUUGGCUUCUGCAUUAUUCUAAAUCUACACAGACAAUGACCUUAAAAACUUGAUCUAUUAUAUCAGAUUCUCCAAUUUGCCCACCACAACUAACAAUGUCAUCUUGUAUUCAUGCAUUUCAUAUGGAUGAGAAAAGGGGAAAAUAGAUUUGACUUGAACUUUGUGAUUUCUGCUGUACAGAUGUUGUGAGUCUUUUUGCAUUCACCUCAAUUUUUUUGCUUCAGCAUAUGUGUGGAAAAAGACUAAUACUCUCUACAUGUAGCAUAUUUUGUGCAGAGACAAAGCUAGAUGAAAUGAAAACAGCACUUCUCAGCUUCACUAUCUGAAGGAACUAUGGGAUCAGAUGGCAUCCAAUCCCACUAAAAACACCAAAAGAGUUAAAUGGAAGGAAAGAGGCGAUUUAACACUCCUUCAACAGUCUUUUUGAGGAGUAAAGGGAUUGUUUGAGGAGGUGCAUGGCUAGCAUUUUUCAUUGUGAGAUAAAGUCUAUGGUAAAAGGGAAGAAGAUAUUGUCAGUGCUGCAUAAAAUGACGUUACAAAAUUAUGAACAAGCCAUAUGCCCUUGUUUUGUCUUCUUGUAGGAUAUUGGCAUGCCACUGGUAAAAAAUGUUCUCCAGAUAGUCUUUGGCAAUAAAGGCUGAAGCUAGGCUUAUUAAUGUACAGGAGUAAUUUCAGGCUCAAGUCAUAAAACUAAAGGUUUUGUUAAGAUAGGGCAAGAUACAGAUGGUGGAACAGAUGUAUCUUAUAUGGUGCUUGUCCAGCACCAUAUUCCUUCCUUCCUCAAUACAUUUUUUUUUUAACUGUGCAAGCAAAACUGUGCAUGAUGUUUGUUGAUUAAUGCCCCUUGUGCAGAAAUAAAUGUCUCAAUUUAUAGUA